AUGGUAUUAACAAGUUCAGAAGUAAUUCGAACAUCAGUAGUUAACAGGAAGGGUGGUGGUAGUGGUGGUGGUGGCGGCAGAGGAGGUGGUGGUCGUGGUGGCGGAGGCGGUGGUCGUGGCUUUUCAAGUGGUCGCUCAAGGGUUGGUACUGGUGUUGUUGCAGGUGCUGCUGGAGGUGCUGCUGUAGGUGCUACCUACGGGAGUGCAAGCGCAAAUAAUCAUCCUAGCAGUAAUGGCACAUUAAACUCUGUUUGCUUGUAUUCUUACCUUCUUUUGUUCAUUUCAAUUGUUGCUGGAAUUUCCCUAAAUUGGGUUGCUUUGUACUGA